AUGAUCCGGCAAUCUCGGCGCCACGACUGGCAACCUAAGUUCGAGAUGGAGUUUGGCCUUCUAGCUAUCGAGCGAGACCCUGUCUCGAAUGAUGUGCUGCUAGCCAUGUGCGGCUUCUGCAAGGCAUUUGGACGCGAAGGAAAGUAUGACCAGAUGGUACAACAGGAUCAAGAGUUUGCAAACGAUACAAAGAAGCGGCGCAGGCGCUCUCUGACUACAACUAAGUUCUUUCGAGCUUUUAGGAUAGACAACAUCCGCAGUCAUUUACAGGGAGCGCACCCACGUCGAUGGACAGAGUAUGACCUACUUCCAAAGCUCGAUAGUGUGCGGACUCGUUAUUUGCAAGGAGAAGUGGAGGCCUUUGAUCACCUCCCGUUAGUGGAUGACGUGGUGCUUGCAGGGUCGGCGCUCAAUACAGAAUCAGAUGCAACAUACGUUAGACUGCGGCAGCCGGCCCAGGCUUCGCCAAAGAGUGAAGCACAAAAUGUGGUAUCACAGUCUGCACAUAAUGGGUACAUCUCGGCUGGAUACAGCGCAAACUAUAAAAGCAAUUUGCAGGUGACGGCGUCCUUGACUUACAGUGGUAGUGCUAAGGGUGCGGCGGUAUCAGUUAAUAAACGAAAGUCAAAGUUUGAUCACGAACGACAUAUGGCCGAGCGAAUCGCAUUGGAUCGCGAGCGACUGGAAUUUGAUAAAAUGCGGUUCAAUAAGGAGGUUGAGCUGCGCGAGCGUGAGUUGGCGCUACGAGAGAAGCAGAUGGAUCAGCAGAUUGCUCUGCAAGAGAAGAACUGUGAGGCGAAUCGCGAAAGUGCGCAGAUCCUGAGCGCCAAAUUUUAUCGCCUGGCCGAAGUUCUGAAAGACGUAAUCACAGGAACUCGAAAUUGUUCGGAAGAAGCUUCUAUGGUUUAG